AUGUCCGGUCUUGCCGCUUUUCGAUCUGGGCGGAGUGAUGAGCUCCAGGACCUAGCGGAGCAGCACUUUCAGCAUGACUUGAAUGACGACGAUCGGGAAAUCUUGAGACGCGCCGGGAGUAAAGUGUCAAACCACGCCAAAAUCGGAUCGCUGCUCGGCGUUGGUCUGGGCGUCUUGGCUGCUUUUCGACUGCGAAAGAUGCGAUUGACGUACUUCAAUGCCUUCAAAGCCAUGGAGAAGCCUGUAGAGGUCAGAUUUGCAGAUGGUCGUACAGAACCUAUCCCGGAUAUCACCGCUCACCUUACACCAUCCAAGUGGGGUGACGCAGCCACGUACUUCUUCUUCUCCGUGGGCGGCUUAUUCAUCGGUGGUGAAGCAGGUCUUUUGUCCGGCACCGCAUCGGCGUCACGCACUAUCACCAAGAACCCUGAGGCGAAGGAGCGGAUAGAAAAGGCAUGGAAGAACUACCGCAUUGAUGCGAUGAAGCAGGAGAUUAGAAAGUUGGAGGGCAAGGAGGGCAAGUCAAAGCUUGCGCAACUCUUCAGUUCAUGA